AUGGACCCAGUUUUAACUACUGAUAAAAAUCUUAUUAUGCCAUAACAAUACUUGGUGAGUAAAGGGUACUCCUAAAUCGCUUAAUCAAACCCUGUCUUUGUUCUGGGUCAAUUGCAAAUGUUCACUAAAAAUGCCUCAAGAAGUGGAUAAAAUAUAAAUCAAUUAAGCAAUGCGAGGUGUGCAGAAAGCCUUUCGAAUAAAUUCUGGAGUAGAGGAAUUUUAGAUCUCUCUUAGAGAGGUUGA